UCACGCUACGAAUUAAACAUGUCACGUCGUUGUAAAUACAUGGCGUGAACUAACCUCUCCUUUACGAUUAGAUCGACGAUGUCAGUUUAAGAUGGUUUAAGAAAGUGAUGAUCCAACGAAAGUAACAUGUCGACGUGCACUUAUUCACUUGGAAGGCAUUAACCCGCAUCAUCGCGAAGAUGUUUACCAACCCGUCAUCACACUUUCCACCGUUUACGAAGUCUUUACGUACUAUCGCGACCUUAGGAAAUUGUUUUAAAUUUUAUUUUUAAUUUUUUUUUUUUUUUGGCCGUAUUCGAAUUAUGGACGAGGUUUGGUUUCAUCUCUCAAAUCAGCUUGAAACUUUACAGGUUCAAGUGUCUGUAGCAGUUCAACAGGGACAUCAGUGGUGUAUAACAUGGCUAGAACAGUUGCGUCAGUUUAUUCUACAGCUUUGCGAGGAGCAACAUGCGCAGCAUGCCAAAGAUAUUGCACUGCGCACUGCUGCUUCGGUACAAAGAGGCUGGCAAGAAAUACAAUUUCAGUAUUAUAAUGCCCACUGGAAUACACUUGGCUUUUAUCACCAAUUAGGAACCUUAUGUGCUAAUAAGGUGUCAAGGAGAGAAGCAAUGUUUUGUUUCACUGGUAUAGCACUUGGAACUGUAAUGGGUUAUUAUAUUGGUGUAAAAUGGAAACCUGUUUCUGGUCAUAUACAUCAUAUAAAAGCUAUAGUUUGCCAUCACUAUUAUGGUUUCGAGGAUGUAUCAUUAAUAGAGGAUGUUGAAAUGCCAACAAUCAAAAAAUCGAACGAAUUAUUAAUACAAGUUAAAGCCACUUCGCUUAACGUUAUCGAUACAAAGAUAUGUUAUGGUUAUUCCAGGAUUUAUAGGAGAUUACUUAAUUCAAAACAGAAAGAACCACCUAUAACUUUAGGAAGGGAUUGCGCGGGCGUAAUAGUCGACAUUGGACAAGGCGUUGUCAACUUCGAUAUUGGAGAUGAGGUAUUCUUAGCUGUUCCAUCGUGGGCUCCUGGCACGAUGGCGCAAUAUAUAAUCGUUCCAGAAACGCAAGUAGCAAAACGGCCUAAAUCUUGUUCCUUCGAAGCCUCUGCCAGCCUACCAUACAACGGCUGCUUGGCGUGGGAUGCAUUAGUUAAUCAAUCUGUCAUUAAGGAAGGCAACGCUAAAGGAAAGCGAGUUUUUAUUUAUGGCGGAAGCACUCCAAUUGGUUGCAUCUUGACGCAAUUGAUCAAAUUAUGGGGAGGAUAUGUAGUAACUGCAUGCAGAGGAGCGAACGCAGUGCUCGUAAUGAAAGCAUUAGGAGCCGACGAAGUUAUAACGAUUAACGAAACCGAUAUAGAAAAGGAAUUAGAAAUGCACGAUAAGUAUGAUGCGAUUUUUUAUACUGAUAAACACCCUAUUCAAGAACAUAUUUUAAAGAAACACUUGCUGCCUCAUGGUUCCUACGUAUCUACCGUCCCUGAACAAUUAACGUCAGAUUCGUUGGGACUUAUUUGUAGAAGCAUAUUUGCCGGAUGCAUUAGAAUAAAAUUAUUGGUUCAGUAUAUGUUUGGAUUUAAUAUACAUCAAUGGAAAGAAGGCGCAAAAUUGGACACUGCGUAUCUGCGAGCUUUAUGCGAGCUGACUGAUGCAAACCAAUUACAAACGGUUGUGGACAAAGUAUACGCACCGUACAAUAUCGAGUGGGCCUUGCAACAUGUUUUAGAUCCGAAUUCUAUUGGUAGUACUAUUAUAACAUUUAAGUAAUGUUUUAUCAUUGAUAGAAGAAAAAAUUCUAUACCUUUUGUACAUAACAGUAGUUUGUAAUUUUGGCAUGUAAUCACUGCCGUACAUUGUUAAUAAACAUUCACAUUAUUGAAAAUUAAGAAAUAAUGGUUUAAAAGAUACUUGGUGCUGAAAUAAAGACUGACAUCACAUAA